UACACUCAGUACUGGACGUGUUUUCAGAUUCAGUUGGGCUGGGAAGUGUGUGGAAGGCGGAUAAGGUUUUUAAGUUUGUGUUAUACAGUUCGGUUUAUAGGUUUAUGUGUCAUUAAUUACUAAUGAAACGAUAAUAAUAUUUGCAGUCUCACUUUUAUUAAUUCACACGGCAAAUAACAUGUGCAUGUGCGCCGGUCUCAGCAUCGAUUUUCUGGCCGAAUAAACUCCAACAAAGAUGUCGGGGGAGGCGACGAUAACAAUUGGAAAACUACCCCAAGUGGAAGUGUGCAAGGUAUACAAAAUACGAUGGCUGAUCUUAGCCAUAUUUGUCCUGUAUUCCGCAUCAAAUGCGAUGCAAUGGGUUCAAUAUUCCAUUAUCGCCGACGUUAUUGUAAAAUAUUACGGGGUCUCCUAUACGUUUGUAGACUGGACGUCGAUGAUCUACAUGGUUCUUUACAUUCCAUUCAUAUUUCCUGGCAGCUACAUGCUGGAUAAAUUAGGUUUAAGGGUCGCCGUUCUGAUUGGCGUUACGGGAACGUGUUUGGGCACAUGGAUUAAGGUAGCUUCGGUUGCUCCAGACCGAUUUUGGGUCGGAUUCCUUGGGCAGACCAUCGUGGCGUUUUCGCAAGUGUUUAUUUUGUCAGUGCCGGCUAGGUUGGCAGCAGUAUGGUUCGGUCCAAGUCAAGUUUCUUCGGCGUGCAGUAUUGGAGUUUUUGGGAACCAGAUGGGAAUUGCUAUAGGAUUCCUAUUACCACCGAUGAUUGUUAAUGGAAACGGACUCGUAACCGACAUCGAGCAUGAUCUCUACAUUUUAUUUAUUGGAACCGGAAUAAUCACAACCGUUGUUCUGAUACUAGUGGUACUCUUUUUCAAAAAGCAACCUCCCAGCCCUCCGUCACACGCCCAGUUACAAACUCAGACAUCCAACGAAGAUACAGCGAAAUUUAUACAAUCCAUCAAGCGACUGCUGAUUAACCGAUCUUAUAUGCUACUGCUUGUGGCAUAUGGAAUUAACGUCGGCAUAUUUUACGCUUUAUCGACUUUGCUGAACCAAAUCAUAUUGAAGUACUAUCCGAAUGCUUCAGCAGACGCUGGACGCAUUGGACUUUUUAUUGUUAUAGCUGGAAUGGUAGGAUCUGUGAUAUGCGGCGUUAUUCUCGAUAAGUUCCAUAGGUUUAAGGAAACGACAAUAGCUGUGUACGCAUUCUCUUUGAUUGGUAUGAUUGCGUUUACGUUCACUCUUGAUAAAGGCAUUGAAGUGGUAUACGUGACAUCUGCACUUUUAGGAUUCUUUAUGACCGGUUUGCUGCCCGUCGGUUUUGAAUUGGCCGCCGAACUGACCUACCCCGAACCAGAGGGAACGUCCGCGGGCCUCCUCAAUGCCGCAUGUCAAGUUUUCGGAAUCGCAUUUACAUCAUUAUAUUCCUUAUUGUUAAGGCAACUGGGUGAUAUUUGGGCUAAUGUAAUAAUGUGCGCCAUGUUAUUUUUGGGUACGAUAUUUACUGCAUUUAUACAAUCAGAUCUAAGACGCCAAGCAGCUCAAGACAAAUAAUUUAUUGUUGUAAUUUAGUUUCUUAAAUAAGUAGUACACCUCUAGCAAAAUUUCAAAGAUAACUAAACUCAUCUAGUCACGAAUUGGCUUAUGUCAUUAUUAAGUGUAGUGUAACUUAUCAAUACCUUGCGUGUAAAAUUUACUACACGUACCCAAAGGAAGGUGUUUCUUAAUUCCAUCAUUCAAAUGUAUAUGACAAAAGUAUUGGCUGUUAAACGACAAAUAAUUUUUUGUAGAUACACUUACAGUAUUAGUAGUCUCUAGAUGCAGAUUUAAUAGGAUGAAAUGCCUUCAACCAUUUAUUUUGAAGGCGUAUCUAUAUUUAUGCAACAAGCUUUUUCCCCAAGUCGAGGGUGUGAUGAAAAUUUCAUGAAGAAGCCUACCGUUAGUAAGAGGUUUUCCUACGUUUAGACUGUUUAUAUAUAAUUUGGACGCGCUUAGAAAAUAGGUGUUUUUACUGUAAUGGCUGUGUAGUACAUAAAUUAUCUGUAAGAUCUUUAGAUUAAUUAGAUUAGUGCUGUGAGCAGAGAUUUUCAAGACAAUAAUCAGAAAAUUUACCAGUACAACGUGAAAACCAUAGUUUUGGAUUCCCUCCUAUACAAUGUCGAUCCUUGGUAUAUGUUACAAAACUGAAUAGAACUGUAGCCUAAUUUGCAGGCCACUUAGGCUUUU